GGCUGGUGUUUUGAAAGGAUAACAGACUUUCACAAUCAUGAAUUUGAUUGGUCAUCUUCUCCCUCCACUUCCUUCAACUUCUUCCAAGCCUUCAACCCCCAAGACCUCUCUUUGCCUUCAAAUCCCAGAAACUACUUCACUAAAUCCAAACCCAAAACCCAUUCUCUUAUCAAAGCUACUCUCUUUAGCUUUAGCUGCAACUUUAAGCUCCCCAUUACCUUCUCUGGCAAUCCCUUCUUUCAACUCUCAGUCCUUUCAACUCCCUCCUAGUCCUACCACUCCAUUCUCUGAGUCCAAGACUUUGGAGACCGGACUCGAAAAUGGGAAAAUCAGACCUUGCCCAUCAACAAAUCCAGGUUGUGUAUCAACAAAUCCGAAAUCAUCAUCAUUUGCCUUCCCUUGGACAAUUCCUGAAAAUUCUUCAGGCAAUGCAAUUCAGAAAUUGCAAGAAGCAAUCCUGAAGACACAGAAAAAUGCAAAAAUUCAGGUUGUUGAAGAUACACCCAACGGCCAAUAUUUACAAGCUGAGGUUGAUGAUGGAGGAUUUGGCCGGGAUGUGCUGGAGUUUUUGGUGAAAGGGGAUGUAGUUGCAUAUAGGUCUAUAGCCACCAAAGUAACGUAUGUGUACCCCUUCACAACGGCUUUAGGGGAUUCAAAGGGACAAGAAGAAAGAAUGAAGAAGAUUAUAGAUCAGCUGGGCUGGUAUGCUCCAAGUUUUGAUACCAUGGAUUAGUAUCAUUCAAUUUUCUCAAUACAAGUAACAAGUAAUUUCAGUACGAGAUCAUGUUUAUUCUAAUUUAUUCAUUGGAGUAUUGUUGAUUUCAUCUCUAACUACUGGUCAUUUCCGUAGGAUAUGAUAGCAGAGGAUGCAGUCUUUCAGUGUAUUUACUAAUCAUAUUUCUACAUGAAGCUUUUUGAUUAGUCAUGUUUCACGAUGGUAUAUUCUUAAUUAUAAGGGGAAGAAAAGCACAAAGAGGCUUCUAGAAAGUAUGGACUAGAGUAAUUUUUGGUAAGUUGAAUUGCCUGGCAUGCUCUUGAGUGUAUAUACAUUGUAAUAAGUCAUGCUAGAGUUUCUUGUCAUAGCUCAUGGCAAUAGUCAAAUGGAAAUAUUGAGUUGAUUAUGCCUUAUGUUAAUGAGUGUCUAGGAAAUAGGUCCAAGA